GAAUGGAGUUCACCAAAAAAGAACAAUUUAACCAGAAGUUCUGCAACACAGAAUAUUAGAAAUCGCUCUCAAGAUGGAAACAGUGAAGAAGCUACGAUUCUUGAAAACAAAGUAACCAUUGAUGAAAAUGUACAAGAGCAAUUAGAAACAUCAUCUAUCAAAGAAGCUGGGCCAUUCAGAUCAUUAUCUCAAGCAGAUGCGGAAGACUUGUUUGAGUCAAUAGCUCGUGAUACCGCCAUUGAAAUAAAUCUCCCUGAAUAUAUCGAAGAUUAUUUAAAAAAUCUACUUGCCGGAAAUAUCGAUAGUAUAUUGACAAAAGUAAAAGAACCUCUCAUUCUAUAUCAGGAUCAGAAUACAACAAUAAUAUAUGAACAAUCUUACGGUCCAACCGAAUAUGAUAUAAAGCAUUAUCUAGAGGACAUGAUUAAACUAGCACGAAAUAGCGUGGAUGACUUAAAUCAACAUUUUGUUCAAUAUAGCAAUUCAUCAGUGAUGACAGCAAAAAAACUUAAAGCCAUUAGCAUUCAAGGAUAUAAAUAUAUGAGAUAUUUAAAUGCAAAAUUCCAACAUCAUAUACAGAGCGGUGGUUACUUGUAA